AUGUCGCCGUCAUUGCAAGAGCUGUUUGUCUCCUACAGUGGAAACAGGACAGCGGGCGAAAUAUUGACAUCGUUUGUUCUUGUUUCCUCUGGGACAUGGCUGGCUUAUCACCUGGUCAAGGUGAUCUACAAUCUGUUUUUCCACCCUCUUGCGCACAUUCCUGGACCUCUGCUAUCGAGGGCCACAUACAUACCAGAAUUCUGGUACGAUGUUGUGAGGUCAGGGCUCUACACCAAGCAGAUCCAGAAGAUGCAUGAUAAAUAUGGACCAAUCGUCCGGAUCAAUCCUCACGAAGUCCACUGCGCUGAUCGUCACUUCAUUGACGAGAUAUACGCAGGAGGCAGCAGAAAGCGAGACAAGCCAAUGCAUCAAGUGCGAGGCAGUGGGGUUGCCGAAAACGCGACCUUUUCUACAACCAGCCACGACCUCCACCGCGUGCGCCGAAACGCCCUGAACAAGUUCUUUUCUCGCGCCCAAGUCUUCCGUCUUGAGCCGACCAUCCGAGAUCUGGCCGAGCGUCUCUGUGACAAGAUUCUCACGGUCGGAAAAGAGGCCCCGUUCGACGUCACUACCGCCUUGAGCUUGUUUACCACCGAUGUCAUCACGGGCUACUGCCUCGGUGACAACCUGGGACUGGUAGCUCAGAAAGGUUGGGAGCCAAACUUCCGAGAGCCUCUGUAUGCGCAGCUGAAAUUGGUGUACUUGUUUCGUUUCAUUCCAUGGCUGAAACACGCCGGGUUUGCAAUGGCCAUGUUCACUCGCCGUCUGUCAGAAGACAUGGAGACUCUCUUCAACGUGCUUAUCGUCGACAUGCCAAAUUACGUUAAGCGUGCUCAAGCAAAUCUUGACAAGGGUGUUGACGACAGCGAGAAAACAGUUUUCGGCUCGGUUUUGCAAAACAAGGAUUUGCCGCCAGCCGAAAAGACGCUCCAGCGCCUGGUGGAAGAAGGCUUUUCCCUCUUCGUGGCAGGCACGGAAACGGUCAGCUGGGCGUUGACGGUCAUCACCUAUCAUGUCCUGACGAAGCCGGAGAUCUUGAGAAAACUAACAGAUGAGGUGAGGGAGGUUGUGAGAGCAAACAAUGGCGAAGUGCCAGACUGGAAAACGUUGGAGGGGCUUCCCUAUUUGGGUGCUGUCCUUUACGAGGGUCUGAGGUUGUCGUAUGGUCUCGCCAGCCGCAGCUCUCGCGUUGCUCCUACCGAGGACCUUUUCUAUCAAGGGACCUGGAGGCGACCGGGCGCCAACAAGGAAGAAAAGGCCCAGUACGUGAUUCCCAGGGGUUAUGCGAUCGGCAUGUCUGCCGUGAUCACUCAUCACGACGAGAGCAUUUUCCCCGACUCCCACUCCUUCAUUCCGGAACGGUGGCUCGAUGAGAAGAAUCAGCAUCGGAAGGACCUUGACCGAGCGUUGCUGAGCUUCUCCAAGGGAAGCAGAGGUUGUAUUGGUAUCAAUCUCGCGUACUGUGAGCUUUACGUCCUUUUAGCUCUUCUGGUAGAUCGAGUGUUCCCAACCAUGGAGCUGUACGCAACAACAGAAGCGGACAUUGCUUGGGACCAUGACUUUUUCAACCCCUUCCCAGUGUGGGGCAGUCAAGGUGUUAGGGCUGUGAUUAAGGGGUAACGGGAGCUUAGCGGAUCUUGGUGUGGGGAGGAAUGCCCAAAGACGUGGAGAUGAGUAAGGUACCCGUAGUUUGCUGUGGAUCUAGCCAACUGUCUGCAAGAAAUCCCUUGUACCUUCACCACCGUCCUUAGCUGGCUUUUGGUAACCUCGAUGUCUCACACUUGGCUUGGGUGUGGCUCUGAUGGACACAACCCAUAUGUGCAUGCCCUGCACAAAGCUUGUUUCAAUCCCAG